UCCCGGGCAGCCUUGCUGAGCAGCAGAAUGCGAGGGAGAUGAACAGCUGGACUCGGGCUGCAGUGCUCGGGCCAACAUGACGUCAUCAGGCAGAGAGAAGAGUUCCCUGUGGGGCUGGUGGGGGGGCUCCCGAGCGGGGCAUUCCUUCCUGAAGCCUCAUCCCUGCUCAGUCCCUCCUCCUCCCCUCCCCUCCCCCUCCCCCUCCUGCCGGGCCAGGAAUUGGGUUUGGGGCGGGUUCUGCUUCCAAAGCCGCCUCUUCCAGCAGGCGAGGGCUCUACUCUGAGCUCGCAUUUUCCGAGGCUUGGGCCGUGCUCAGCGCUGGCCUGCUGCCCCUGCAGGGUCGGCCGGCCGCAGGCGGGGGUCACAGGAAGAACCCUCCACAAAGGGAGGCGUCCUCGGAUCAGGACAGCUGCAGGUGGGUGUGCAGACUGGUGAGCUGCCAGCAGGGGCCCACACACACCAGGCCUGGAGAUGGCUGGAAACUGCUCCUGGGAGGCUCAUCCCAGCACCAGGAAUAAGAUGUGCCCUGGCAUGAGCGAGGCCCCGGAACUCUACAGCCGGGGCUUCCUGACCAUUGAGCAGAUUGCGAUGCUGCCGCCCCCGGCCGUCAUGAACUACAUCUUCCUGCUCCUCUGCCUGUGUGGCCUGGUGGGCAACGGGCUGGUCCUCUGGUUUUUCGGCUUCUCCAUCAAGAGGAACCCCUUCUCCAUCUACUUCCUGCACCUGGCCGGCGCCGACGUGGGAUACCUCUUCAGCAAGGCGGUGUUCUCCAUCCUGAACACGGGGGGCUUCCUGGGUGCCUUUGCCGAGUACGUCCGCAGCGUGUGCCGGGUCCUGGGGCUCUGCAUGUUCCUCACCGGCGUGAGCCUCCUGCCGGCCGUCAGCACAGAGCGCUGCACGUCGGUCAUCUUCCCCGCCUGGUACUGGCGCCGGCGGCCCAAGCGCCUGUCAGCCGUGGUGUGCGCCCUGCUGUGGAUCCUGUCCCUCCUGGUCACCUGCCUCCAUAACUACUUCUGCAUGUUCCUGGGCCGCGGGGCCGCCGGCGCGGCCUGCAGGCACAUGGACAUCUUCCUGGGCAUCGUCCUGUUCCUGCUCUGCUGCCCGCUCAUGGUGCUGCCCUGCCUGGCCCUCAUCCUGCACGUGGAGUGCCGGGCCCGGCGGCGCCAGCGCUCCGCCAAGCUCAACCACGUCAUCCUGGCCAUGGUGUCUGUCUUCCUGGUGUCCUCCAUCUACUUAGGGAUCGACUGGUUCCUCUUCUGGGUCUUCCAGAUCCCGGCCCCCUUCCCCGAGUACGUCACCGACCUGUGCAUCUGCAUCAACAGCAGCGCCAAGCCCAUCGUCUACUUCUUGGCCGGGAGGGACAAGUCGCAGCGGCUGUGGGAGCCGCUCAGGGUGGUCUUCCAGCGGGCCCUGCGGGACGGCGCUGAGCUGGGGGAGGCCGGGGGCGGCACGCCCAACACGGUCACCAUGGAGAUGCAGUGCCCCCCGGGGAACGCCUCCUGAGAGCCCAGCACCUGUGGGGGUCGGGGGCAGGGGCAGGAAGCAGCCUCCAGACCCUUCGCCUUGGGACAGGAGUGGGCAGCUCCCUCUGAGUCCACACAGGAGGAAAAAGAUCUGUUCUUCUCCUUAGGCCUUCUUCUGCCUGGCCUGGAGGCUCCAGGGGUGGCUGGGAGACUGUGUAGCCCUAGGGACCCCUUGUACAGAAGUUGGCCCCAGAUGGUGGGGCCCCUCCUUGUCCCAGGCUGGUCAGUAAAGGAGAGGUGGUCACCCAGCCCAGCCACUCUGCCUCUGGGGUCAGCCCUCCUUGACCGUGUCCCAGCCAGCACCAGGCCAGCAGCCUCAUCCCCACCAUUUGGGUUGUUCUUGGAUUCGAUCCUCUCCCGGCCGCCAUGGUGAGCAGAUCUGAAGGAAAUGGCGCUGUCUGGAAGAAGGUUCUGGGUCACGGGCCUUGUAGCCAAGUCUUUCUGCAGACAACUUCCCUGCCCCUCGUCGAAUCAUUCGGUGACUUUGAUGGGGUGAUUUCCGGUCAUGUCAAGGCACUGGAGACAGGAGAGACCUCUGGCCGCCUUGGGUAGUUGACUGCCUUUUCUGACUCCAGGAUGGGCCAGUGCUGGGCUGCCUCCGGGAGCGCUCUGGGUAUCCCGCAGGCCAUGAAGACCAGCUGGGCAGCUCCUGGACACCUCUUGGCUCCAGCCCCGACGUGUAAGUGGACACUGGCUCCACCCUGGCCACCAGGGGACUGACACUGCAGUGCUCACCUACAAGUGGCCCAACGUAGCCAAAGAAAGUUUUAUAAGAGACAAUAAAAUGUGUAUCAAUAAAUAUUUUCUAACUUGCA